CUCAUCGAAAACCCAAAUCGAAAUACAGGACAAGACAAUACAAGACAAAUAUCCAAAACUCUUCAUUCCCGCCGGCGCUAUUAUCACCGCUACCUAUUGGCUUUAUUGGCAUUAUUGGCAUUAUUGCCUGUUUCGUCGCUCUGACUUUUUCUUCUCCGCUGCGGACACAAAGGAGACGCAAGGGAGACAGGACCAAGACUAUCUAUCUACCUUACUACUACUACUCUCACACACGGACAAUCAACAGAACGAGCGCUCGUCCCACAACGCGCCUUGCAGCCUACCGAGGUUUCGCCAUAAUUAGAAAAAGGGUGAAAAGAAGAAGAAGAGGCAAGAGGCGCAAGAGCUAUAACCCGAAAGAGAAUAAAACCGGAAUCAAAUCUGAUUGCCUUGUGCGUUUGUGUCAGUUCCAAGCAAGUUAUACGGGGUAUCUCUCUCUCACACACACAUAAACUGGAAUCUGAACUGGCCUUCCCAAAGAAGAGACGCUGCGCCGAACAAGAGCGAGACACAGAAGUCUUGGCUCUUUCCAAGCCCCCCCCACUGAAUCAAUCAGGCUCACUGCCCGUUCACUGGCGGCCACUCUUGUGCAGCACAUCACACAGAAUCACUUAACUCGGUCUUUUCAUAUGCGGAUCACCGCCACGAACUGGUCACACUGACACCAACUCGCCCUAAAAACUACCACACGAUUUUCACUCACACGCACGAUUUUCCCACGGCGACUCCACGAUUCUCCCACGUUGCAUUUGUGUGCUUUUUAUCCCUAAAACUGAAGCCGAGAACACCGACGACCUGGUCGCUCACUCCGGCACAUACACCGAUCAAGGCAAGACAUAUACAUUCACAGUCACAAAACUACAUCCGACAUUCACACGAAUUCACACGCAUUCACACACACGACCUACGACUUACUUACGACCUUCGAUCCACGACCCAUGCUUUGACACAAAACCAGUGUAUAAUACAUAUAUACUGUAUACUGCACUAUACCCGGCUUGCUUCACCUCACCGUGCAUACUUCUUAUACCCUACCCUACCCUUACCAUACAUACAUACAUACUCUUAAAAGUGGAAUUGGAAAUUCUUUAUCCCAGCCACUGGAACAUCCACGGAACAUCCACUUUACGGGGUAAAAAGAGGUACAAAUACAAACUCUACAAAAUUCCACCUGCUGGGAUAUACCUGGCAUAUAACGAGGCUAGUCUGGGGGCUUUAUUAUUCAGGUGGGUCCCUUUUUCCCAUUUUUGAUCUUAACCUGGUUCCCUUCUCCGUCAUCUUUUUUAUUAUUACAUUACCACCAAACUAUUCCCUUUUGCCCUUUGCCCAAACACGACUCAACCCACCGUCAACCAAGCGUCAAUCCGGCUCCGGCUCCAUAACUCUCUCACGCUCUCACGCUCAUACGCUCAAUUCACCGUUCCUCACUACUUCACUACCGCCCGCGCCUGCCUUACUACUCCCUUACUACUCAUUACUCAUCUCACUCUACCUCACUCUACUUCCUCUACAUACCCACGCCGCCCAUUUUUAUUAUUACAAGGCGCCUGCCGCUAUUUAUUACCAUUCUUAUUACCGCAGCCGACUAUUCGCUCGCUCCCUUCACAGUAGUUCCAGUCACAAAACACUACUACUAGUCCCGGUCAAUCUAGUGAUCGACACUUCGAAGGCGCAAGCCCUCGAGGUUGUUUCGUGUAGAUGGCCCUAACCAAGUCUUCACAUCCCGAACACCAUUUGUCUACCCUGUCUCGAUCCGACUUUCCAGAACAGCCACAAUUCUUUCAAGAUUCUGUCGACUCCCUCGCGACAUCUUCUCUCACCGAUUCACAACCUUCGCCGGAGAAAAACCCCUCCAUCGACACCCUCCUUCGAGUUCGUAGCAACUCCAAGCAGCGCCAGUCCACCCUCUCCACCACCUCGUCGAGAAGCAGUCGCACCAACCUUCUCACCUUUGCUGCCCUUGCACGAGACAAGACCACCAGCGCCAUUGCCAACUUCUCCGAUCCCGUCACACGAGCACAAGUCUCCCGCAAGAACUCCCACAAUCGCCGCACUGCCGGUGACAGCGAGAAGAGCCCCGAGCGGAAAUCCGACUCCUCGCGAUCCAUUCCUCCCCAAGCGAAAGAAUCACAAUCCAUAAUAGCUACCCCACGUCCGGGCCUUCAGGACACGGAGCCGCCCUCUCAGUCGUACGAGGAUACGGACGCGAACACCCCGACACCUAGGAAGGUAGGAGCACCGGAGCAGAGCACGAUGCACCAAACCUCCUCGCGCUUGUUGCGCAUGACAGAGGAUGACAGGCCAUUCACCAGAGAUUUCAAGGACCUCUUCGCAACACUGAUCGUCAGCCUCCCCCUCGAAUCCCACCGCCGCAUGUUCAACAAAUGCGAGCACUCCUUCCUGUCCGAAGAGGCAAUCAACAAUUUAGGAUCCUUAAAAUUCUCCCAGUCCAAUCGCAUGCCAGAUCCAAAGGACCCCUCGCGGAUCGUCACCACAACCACCACCACCACCUUCUCCAUGGCCCGCGAUAUGGCCAGGACCGUGUGCCAGCGCUUUGUGGAUGCCCGGUUCAUUGAGUCUGCAGACGGCAAGCAGAUCAGAGAGUUCAACCUGAAGGGCACGCUAUGGCAGCUCACGCCCAAGGGCAUCCACGUCCUAGACCGCUUCUGCUCCAAGAACGGUAUCCAGCAACGGCAUGUGGUUGAUCUCGUCAACUCGCCCAAGAACACUAUGCAGCUCGUCGUCUUAGAACGUGACAGCGUCACGGAUGAGAUCUCGCAAGAUCGCGGGACGGUGGAGGUCCUGUUCCGCCGCUUCAUUGGCGCCAACGGACCCAACAUCAAGAGCAGCGUGUCGGCGGCCGAUUCGGAUUCCCUGAGCGAAUACAAGGAUGGCUUGGCGGGAGUCAGGAUGGCUGGUGAGCGCAAGAUCGGCUCCCCGCAGCGGACGGUGCUGCAAUCCUUCACCGGGAAGGCGGCGGUGGACUGGCUGCUCGACUGCUGUACCACCGUGGACAAGAACGAGACGAUGAAGAUCGCCGCGCUGUUCCUGGAGCACGACUUAUUAUGGUGUGUCCUGUCGGACAGGUCGUACACCUCCCAGUUCCCGGGACACAAGUUCCAACCUACCAAGAUCGCGAUUUACCAGAUGACACAGAAGGGCAAGGAUGUCAUCAACAUGUCCAGUACCCACAGGCUCUCCAACGGCGACGUCGACAGCCCCUCGAGUAGAGUCGGCGUCUCCCGCGAUUCCAACACGCAGAAGCUGGACAAGAUCCUCACAGAUGCGGCUCUGCGCCUGCUCUUCCGCGAGCAGCUCCGUGAUACCCAUUGCGAGGAGAACCUCAGCUUCUACCUCGACGUCGACGAGUUCCUGAAGUCCUGCACAGAUGCCCUGCAAGGCAUGUCUCCUUCCUCGCGCGCCAAGAACCCCGAUAAGAGUCUCGAUGCGAUCAAGGAAACCAUGGCCUCCGCGUAUGGUAUCUACAACGCUUUCCUCGCCCCCGGCUCCCCCUGCGAGCUUAACAUCGACCAUCUUCUCCGCAGCCAGCUCGCCUCGCGCAUGACCAAGGCAGUCGGCCGCGACGAUGCCAUGAUCGAGAGUCUGAAGGAGGUCAUCAAGCUGUUUGAGGAGGCGCAGCUGUCCGUGUUUAAGCUUAUGGCAAGCGACUCGGUGCCUAAAUUCAUGAAGAGCGCCAAGUACGAACAGACCCUCAAGAACUACGACUUCGACUCCAUCCCCGCCCACCCUGCCCCCGGCCAACCCCGCUCCCACGGCUCCGUCAACCGCUCAUCCCGCUGAGCCUCAGCCGUCUAUCUGGCAGCUCCCCAGCUGCCCCGGAUCCCCUCAUGAACGAUCAGCAUAUACCCACGCCAGAAAAUUUCCAUAAUUCCCAAAGUCAUGUCAUGUCGUCAUUUAGCGUUACAUACCAAAUAGACCGGCCCCGGCCCAAACCCCCCCCAUCCCCAGAAGCGUUUGCCUCGCAGCAAUCCAAUCACCUACCCACUACAAAAAACCUCACAUACCGACCUACCACCAACCUUCAACAUAUUACAUCUAUCACAUCCACAUAUGAAACCGCUUUUUCCUCCUCAAAAUCAAAAUUUCAGCUCUGCAUUCUCAUGGCGUUUUCAUCAUCAUAUUCGGGCAUUUCAAGAGAAAGACGGGGGGGUCAAGGAAAGGGGGGGGGAAGGACGGGCAAAACAAGACAUGUUGCUGUUGUUGUUUUUGCUCGCUCAACUGUUGUUGCUGCUUCUUUUUUGUUUUUUUCGCGCGCGCGCAAAUAUACUACUGCCCUGUACUCGUAAUAUAGCUUUUUGCUUUGUUUAUUUUGAUUUCUUGUUUUUAGCUUCUCGCCGCUGCGCGCCCCUCGGGGGCUGUUUCGACGCUUCGCGGGGGCGCGGGGAGGGUGAUGCAUAUACGGGCAUUUUAUGAUGGGGAAGAAAGAGAAGAGGAGAGAAAGAGAAGAAGAGAAGACGAAGAGGGGGAGGUUGGGAAGAGGGAGAAGAAGCAGAAAGACAUUACAGCAGGAUAAUAAUCGCUCAACUCUAGACAUUUAUUUGGCGGCGCUCCUCCUCCUCUUCUUCGUCUUCUUCUUCUUCUUUUAUUAUUGCUUUUUUUGGUUAUUUUGCGUCGUUGCUUUUUUAGUUCACUUUAGAUUAGGAUGGGAGGGGGGGAUACCCUGAGAUGAGAAGGAGGUGCUUUGGACGGACCUUUUGUGUUUGAAAGGCGUCGGUGCAUACACGCAUGGCUGGCUGGAUGGAUGGUGCGGCCGUGGAUUAGAGUAGGAAUGAUAGCCUCUUAAUGCCG